UAAAUGAAGAUAAUUUUUGACACAUUCGCUGAAUAGUUCUAUUACAAUAAACAUCGAAAAAAAAAUUUUAAUUUCUUUUUUAUUUUGACAAAAUGAAAUUUGCAAUUUUUCUUUGUGUUUCGGCAUUUUUAAUUUUUGAGGGCAAAGCUUUUUGGAUUGAUUUUAAUAGUGAUAAAGAUUAUGAUGAAAAAGAUUAUUUGAAUGAUUGGUUUGAUGAUGAUGAGGAUGAUGAUAAUAAAAAAAAAAAUGAUGAUGAAGAUGAUGAAGAAGAUGAGGACGAUGAUGAUGAUGAUGAUGAUAUCUUUGUAAAUUCACUUAUAAAAUUCUUUUGUGGCUCAGAUUCCUCAAAUAAAACUGCAACUACAAUGAAACCUGUUACAACAGCAAAACCAAUAAAACCAAUGAACAGCACUCAACCAGAGGAAUCUAAAAAUCCUGCGGAUGAGAAACCCGCAGAAGACGAAACAACUGUUAAACCACAGUCAAAAAGUGAAAAAUAAGAAAACUAAGGAGGUAUGACACUAAAAAAAAAAAGUAAUGUGAAAAUUAUUAUUAGAGGAAUUUUUUUAUUAUCAGUAUAUUAAUCACAUGUAUGUAAAAUUAAUUUUUAUUCUCCUUUUUUCAAUUAAAAACAAAUUUUGAAAUGAAAA